AUGGUCCGUGUCGGCGGCGACGGGCGAGUGCGACGCCGAGCGCGACGCCAGGCGCGUCGGCCCACAACUGACGACACGCCAAGUGACGACGAAACCCGGGCGCGCUCGCGCCAGUUCGAUCGAUUGUCGUCGGAUGAAAUGCUGGUGGCGUUGAGGAGGCGAUCCGUACCGGAAUCCGUAUCCAUCUUCAAUGGUGUAGGACUGUCGACGGCAGUGUGA